AUGACAGUCGACUUCGAUAACCCUGGCGACACAGUUAUGCGGCCAGCAUCGCUGGCCCAUGUUUUCCUUCGGACCAACAAGUUUACGGAUAUGGUUGCUUUCUACAAGAAAUUUUUGAACGCAGAGGCACGCUUCGAAAGCGGGCGCAUCGCCUUCCUCUGUUUCGAUGAAGAGCAUCACAGAAUCGCCAUCAGCGCAAUGCCGGGAACAGGGGAUAAGAUUCCGACAAGUGCUGGACUUGAACACAUGGCCUUCACUUUCAACACUCUGGAAGACCUCGCACUUGCAUAUCGCCAAAGGAAGCAGCUAGGGAUACUGCCCACGUGGUGUGUCCAUCAUGGCAUCACUAUCUCGAUUUAUUACAAGGACCCGGAUGGCAACCAGCUUGAGACACAGGUCGAUUGCUUCGACACCGUGGACGCGGCUACUGAUUUCAUGAAGACGAAGGAGUUCCAGCAGAACCCCAUCGGCACAGAUUUCGAUCCUGAAGAGCUUGUUCGACGGCUGCAGUCUGGAGAAGACCAUGGCUCAAUCAAGAAGCGUAAUGAAUUCGCACCGAGGAGCGUUCCGCCGCUUCCUGUGAGAUGA